AUGUCAGGCGUGGGAGUGAUCGUUUCGGAUCCGUUGCUACAAAGCCAGCUCACACAAGUGGAGCUUCGCUCUCUCAAUUCCAAGUUUGCGGCGUUGAAGAAUCAGAGAGAUAAAGUUACGUUAGAGGAUCUUCCACCUGUGUUAGCGAGGGUGAAGUCACUCACCUCUGCUUUCAAGGAGAAAGAAAUCAGAGAAACCUUACCAGUUUUGGCUUCUGAUUACGCAACCGUCGAUGAUCUUGAUUUCGAAUCCUUCCUCAGAGUGUAUUUGAUUUUGAGAGAUAAAGCUGCUGAUAAAUCUGGUGGUCUUAAGCACUCUGCGUCGUUUCUUAAAGCUAACUCAACGACUCUUCAUACGAUUAAUCAGUCUGAGAAGGGCUCUUUUGUGCAUCAUAUCAAUAGAUAUCUUGGGGAUGAUCCGUUUUUGAGGCAGUUUCUUCCUUUGGAUCCGGAUUCUGAUGGUUUGUAUGAGCUUGUGAAAGAUGGUGUGCUUUUAUGUAAGUUUAUUAAUAUAGCAGUUCCUGGGACAAUUGAUGAGCGGGCGAUCAACACGAAGAGAGUACUUAAUCCGUGGGAGAGAAAUGAGAAUCAUACGCUCUGUCUCAACUCUGCUAGAGCUGUUGGCUGUAGUGUGGUUAAUAUUGGGACACAGGACUUGGCUGAAGGACGACCUCAUCUGGUGCUUGGAUUGAUCUCCCAACUCAUAAAGAUUCAGCUCCUCGCUGAUCUAAGUUUGAAGAAGAUGCCUCAGCUUAUUGAGUUGGUGGAGGACAACGAGGAUAUAGAAGAAUUUCUGAGAUUACCCCCAGAGAAAAUGUUGCUCAAAUGGUUGAACUUCCAUCUCAAGAAAGGUGGCUACAAAAAAACCGUUGGAAACUUUUCUUCGGAUCUGAAGGAUGCAAAAGCCUAUGCUUUCCUUCUCAAUGUUCUUGCACCUGAACACUGCGAUCCAGCUACUCUAAACGCCGAGGAUGAUCUUGAAAGGGCUAACAUGGUCCUUGAACACGCAGAGAGAAUGAACUGCAAACGGUACUUGACUGCAGAAGAGAUAGUUGAGGGGUCUUCGUAUUUAAAUCUCGCAUUUGUUGCACAGAUUUUUCACGAAAGGAAUGGCCUAAGCACUGAUGGCAGGUUCUCCUUUGCGGAGAUGAUGACUGAGGAUAUACAGAGUUGCAGAGAUGAAAGAUGCUACCGUCUAUGGAUUAACAGCCUAGGGAUUGACAGUUAUGUCACUAAUGUGUUUGAAGAUGUUAGAAACGGAUGGAUCCUUCUUGAAGUUCUUGACAAGGUCUAUCCAGGCUCAGUUAACUGGAAGCAUGCUUCAAAACCACCGAUCAAGAUGCCGUUUAAGAAAGUAGAGAACUGCAAUCAAGUCGUGAGGAUUGGGAAAGAGAUGAGAUUCUCGCUCGUAAAUGUAGCUGGAAAUGACAUAGUUCAAGGGAAUAAGAAGCUUAUCCUCGGCUUCUUAUGGCAGUUGAUGAGAACCCAUAUGCUCCAGCUUCUCAAGAAUCUUCGAACUCGGACACGAGGAAAAGACAUGACUGAUUCAGAAAUCAUCAGCUGGGCAAACAGGAAAGUCAAAAUCAUGGGACGUAAAUCACAGAUUGAAAGCUUCAAGGAUAAGAGUCUAUCUAGCGGAUUGUUCUUCCUCGAUCUUCUAUGGGCGGUUGAGCCAAGAGUUGUUAACUGGAACCUUGUCACCAAGGGUGAAGCAGAGGACGAGAAGAGAUUGAAUGCUACAUACAUCGUCAGUGUAGCAAGAAAGCUUGGUUGCUCUGUUUUCUUGUUACCAGAAGAUAUCGUGGAUGUGAAUCAAAAGAUGAUGUUAAUCUUAACCGCAAGUAUAAUGUAUUGGAGUCUUCAGCAAAAGUCAUCAUCGUCAGAGAGUUCGAGUUCUGAUACUUCAUCCACUCAUAGCACAACCACAACGUGCACGAGCACUGAUGCUUCACCAGCUCCAUCUGUCACUGGAGAAGACGAUGUCUCUUCCUUAAACGAAGAAGUCUCGAGCCUAACCAUCGAAGAAGACAAUGACGCAGACAUCUUGUCUGAUGUCACCUCCGUCUCAGAGGAAGCAGCCAUUGAAUAGAACGACAGGACUGAUAUAUCUUUGCCGGAACAGAGUUGCUCUGUCAUUAUUUCACAUCUUCUCUGUUUGUGUUAAUAAUAAAAUUUAUAUUUAUUACCUCUAUAAAAAACAAAUAAACAUUUAAAGGGAAAAAAAACGAAACUUUUUGUGAAGAAUAUUAAAGUGUCAUUGUUUUUCAAUUUUCUUCUAAAAGAAUAUAAUUGUACUGGUGUUGAAAAAAGAAUAGUAUUUACAAAUUAAGAGGUUUAUAAUGGAUAAAG